AAAUACCCAACAGGUCAAAUGUCUUGUUUUGGAGCAGAUGGUGGAGCGUGUUUCUAAUAUGAGAGCUUCUCCAAAAGAUUACAUCAUCCCAGCAUAUUUUCCUUAAAAUGUGCAAUUGUGGAGUGGCUUUAAUGCUGGAAAUAAGCCUGUUGGCCGGCCCCCAGAGCCGUGCAGAUGAGAAAAAGAUGCAGGAAAUUCUCUUGUUUACUCAUGUCUGUAACACUGAGAAGCAAGAACAGCUCCUCAAACCCACAGGGUGUGGAAACAAGUGAAUCACCUUGAGACAUGGAUUUUGACGCUGUCUGCAACAAGCAGCUCCUUAGAAACCAACUAAAGGAGCCCCACGAUGUUGAAGCACAGAACUGUGCAAAAGCGUGUAGCACCUGCAACUCCAGUGUCGUAUCGCCAAGAAUACUUCCACCCCAAUCCUACCGUCCCUCUGUGUAUAUUUAUAACAGCAGCGACUGGGAAAUUUGUGAGGAGUUACGGCUUCGGGAGCUUGAAGAAGCCAAGGCUAGGGCAGCCCAAAUGGAGAAGACCAUGCGUUGGUGGUCAGACUGCACGGCCAACUGGCGUGAGAAAUGGAGCAAAGUCAGAGCUGAAAGAAAUAAAGCCCGUGAAGAAGGGAGGCAACUGAAGCUUAAGUUGGAAGCCUCAAUGAAAGAGCUGAGUGCCCUGAAAAAAAUUAACCAAUGUUUACUCACAGAAAAUGAAGGUGUGGAAGCUAGGAAUGUGAGGAAAAAGGGCUUUGCUUUUUCUGAAAUGUGCUUGAUGACAGAGGGCCAUUCAGCAGCUCUGGAGAAAGAGCCUGUUAAACAUGUCCAGAACAAUAAGAUUUUUGAGGUAGAAAGUCUCUGUCAGGAGGUUUAUGCGACUGAAAACCCUUUAGGAGACCACCAAGGUAAAAUAAUCAAUUUGGAGAUUCUUGAUUCCAGAGGCAAACACACACCAGUUUUUCUGGAAAAUCCUGACACAAGCAAAGAGUAUGAAACCAGAUCUCAGGAAGAUGAAGUAGUACAUAUUUCUGUGUUGCAUUUGCAUCUUCAUGAAUCAAGGAAAAUCUUGCAGAAGGAGCAAAAAAUCCGCUUGUCUCUGGAGAAAGAGAUAGAGAAGCUGAAGUCAGAAAAAAUCCUAUGGAAAUGGAAAUAUGAGGAGCUAAGAAAGUCCAAACAGCAGAGUCUAAAGCAGGUAUGUUGCAAAAGGCAGUUAGCAUAGGUAACUGAAAAAUAAAUGAAAGUGCUUCUCUUUUGUUGUCUUGCUCUCCCAUACGUACAAACCUAAGAUGCAGAUUAUGA